CUUUCUGCCCCUCAUGGAAUUUCGGUGGGCCGGGAUGGUAAACACACUCCUCGUUGUCGUCGUCGUACGUCUUGCCGCAGCCCUUGUGAACACACUUCUUCGCCAUGGUAUCGGUUUGUGCAGAAACGCGCCUAACGAGGGGUGAGUGUUGCGAUGCCCCAGAUUUUGUUCCGCUGUUUCGGAAUAUUCUGGAAAUCAGCCAGAGCGGUCACCGAUAUCAUUGGGGUCCAAGCGCGAGCUUAAUCCUGGGCCUUGAGCUUUGCAUCUUUGGCGUCACGUCGCGUCCACUCGGUCUUGCCUGUCUGUCUUGUACGCCCAAAGCAGUCGUUACCGCGUGUGUGGUUGUCAACCAGUCGCCAACAUGUUCCGCGCCACUUCCCGUCUGCUCGCUUGCCGCAUCACCUUCUUCACCCGAACCCCAUGCGGCCUGUGCGACACGGCAAAAGCCGUCGUCCAGAAUGUCAGGGCGAAAAGACCCUUCGAGUACGAGGAGAUAAAUGUCAUGGACUCCGGCCACGAAAAGUGGAGAAGUCUGUACGAGUUUGA